GCAGAAGUAUACUAGAGUUUGCAGAUGGCCCGCCCUUUGGAACCACUCGCCAAGAAGAUCUUUAAAGGAGUUUUGGUAGCCGAAGUUGCCAGCCUUUUGGGAAGCUAUUAUUUGUUUAAUAAGAUGAAUUCAAGCCAAGAUUUCAGGCAAACGAUGAGCAAGAAAUAUCCCUUCAUCUUAGAAGUUUAUUACAAAUCCAUUGAACAGUCUGGAAUGUAUGGUCUCAGACAACAAGAUCAAGAAAAAUGGUUGAACAGCAAAAAUGAGGAGUCUGGCCACUGAUCAAGACUUACUCUAUUUCAUAGCAUCAGACAAGACUAAAAUUACAAGGCUGGAAUUUUGGAUGAUGAGUAUUGGACUAUUGUAGGGAAAAAGUAUGAAGUGAAUUAUGCCCGAAGUCUUAUUAUUUGGACUGUGAUGAAACUGAAGGUGUGUUUGUUUUGACUAUGAAAGAAAUUUAUAUUAGUCAAAGUGGUUCUCAAAAGGUUCACCUACAAUUCCAAAUAUACAGUCUUUUCACAACAACA